AUGGUUGCUUGGAUGCCCCAUGAAGUCGCCGACCUCGAAGACUGGGUCCGUAAAUUAGAUGCGACUUCCUCGUAUGACGAGCGCCGAUGGCGUGACUUGGUAAAGGGAAGAUGGGAAGCCAAACUCCAUGGAAUUGGAGAUGUCUCUGAAAUGAUGCCAGCCCCGCCCAGAGAGGAGACCGAGUCCCCGAUUCCAAAAUCGGGGAAAGAUAAUAAGAGAAAAAGGGUUUCGAAGCCCGAAGACCCCCAAGAUGGAAGGGGUCCUACUCGAAGACGCAGAAGGAAUCUCAUUCACGUGGACAUAGACUCAGUCCACCAGCUGAACGAUGAAGAAGAAGACGAGGGCGAAGAAUCGGCGCUGGUGAGCCAAACCAGGAAACCAGCCGAAGCUUCCAAGCCUCCAAACCGAAGACCCUGCCUCAUGGUGAGGAGGCUCCGAAGAAAGACGCGGGCAAAGCCCUUGAAUCACCCGAGGGUCGAUGAUGUUGCCGAUCUCAACGAUGCAGCUACUCUCUUCGAAGAGGCUCAACGCCUUUUCUCUCAAGCUUUCACCAGGUUCAGGGCCGACUUGAGCCAAUGCGAGGCCGAGCUCCAGAAGACCUCGGAUGAAGGGAAGGCCCUGAAGCUCCUUUGCAGUCAAAUGGAGGAGGAGCUCAAGGACCUUCGGGCUGACCAGGACAAGGCUCGAAAAAAUGAAGCCGAGCUAGACAAGCAGCCAAAACUGGAUAGGAUCGAGCUGCUUCGAGGAGAGGUCGAUCCGGUCAAGGCCGACAGCAACCGGUUGAAGGAGAAUAUGGACCGCCUUGCUGGGGAGAAAGAGGCCGCUUUAGCCAAACUGGCAUCGGCUGUGACCCAACUCCGAGGUGCUAAGGAAAAAAGUUUGGCCCGGGCCAAAAGGAUCGACGAACUCGAGGCCAAACUUGCAGAGGCCGAGGUCAAGCUUGCAGAGGCCAGGGCUGAGGUCGAGAACACGAAGGUCACAGCUGAUAAAACCGUUGCUGUGUACUUAAGGGAUGCUGAGGCUGCUCAAGAGGAGCUAAGGGAAGCCUCCGACCGGGAGAAACGGAGUAAUGAUUUGGCCAGGUGCCAAUCCCGGAGGCAGAGGGGCCCGAAGAGGAAACUGCUCCCCAUGGAGAAACCAGCCCCCGCCAUAGAUAGAAUUUUUCUUCCUCUUUUUGUAUUGCUCUUUUUGUGA